GAUAAAUGAACGCUAGUUUAUCAGCUGAAACCAGCUUUCGGCGACGUUUUGAGCUUGGUGGUUUUUUUUUGUUAAGAUUCGAUUCUGUAAACAAAGACUCAUUUGUUUGUUUAUAUUAACUCUUCAGCGCUCAAUUUGCUUAUUCAACGUAUGAGUGCAGUUAGUAGAACGUGGACUUCAUAAAGGCUGUUGUGGAACGUUCAUAUUAGAAGAAAAAACCGAACGUUCCAUUCAAAAUAUCAGAAUAGGAAUAUCUUUUAAUAAUGUUCACAACGGAAAAAGUAGCAAUCCGCUAUUUAGUGCAAAAAAUCGGUCUAAAGUACAUUCAUACCGAAAUCAAUUGAACUGGUAUUAUUGUGUGUUGGAAAAUUUGACGAAUUGUGUUCGGGUCGCUUUGGUCACACUUUUUUUUUACAGUUAAUUUGGUAAUUUACCAGUAAGUCGAACAGUACUUGGAACUUGAAACUGCCUUGCUUGGCGCAUAUUAAUCGGAAAAAUGGCCUUGCAAUGCGUUACAUUUUGGCUGGAACUUUUGAAAAAAGUUCGCAUUGCUGAUGACAUUAAGAAUAAUGAGGACGACGUUCAGCUUGAAUUGGAGAAAUUAUUGAAAUUAAAGUUGCCGUACCACUCAAUUGGCAUUUAUCCAUUUGGCUCGCGUAUUAUGGGAGUUGCUCAGGAAACUUCAGAUUUGGACGUUUACGUUGAAUUGGACAACAGCUUCUACGAAUACAGCGAGUCACCUACUAUGGAAGUCCUGGAACGACAACGAAUUGUGGCAAAUGCUUUUAACUCAGAAUCAAAUUGGAAGCGUAUUGCCACCUUUGGCGGAAGAUGUCCCAUCGUGGUGGUCAAGCAUUCGACUGGCUUGCAGUGCGACCUUAGUUUCUUUAACGGUCUGACCUAUAGACAAAAUAUACUGGUCAUGUAUCUGUUUGAACUACAGCCUAUAGAAGCUCGCUAUAUGGUGAUCUAUUUACGGGACUGGAUACAAAAUAUUGGUCUGAAAGACGUAUUUCGUAGCCAUAUACUCAUACUAAUGGUCAUAUUCUUUUUGCAACUACAUAACCAUUUGCCUGGGAUUGACAGGCUACAGGCAAAUCAAGAACCAACUGUUGGACCAUGGGUUACUACGUUCAAUCAAUUGAAAUUAUCAGACUUUAAUAUGAGCAAAUUAGAAGUCAACGAGUAUAAUACGCGUUCGGUUCUAAAGCAAUUCUUUCGGUUCUACGCCAACUUUAAUUUUGCCCAGUAUGCUAUUUGCCCUUAUCUGGGAAGGUACGUGGAACGUCUAUUAUUUGACAGACAUAUGCCCCAAAGAUAUACUCAAUUGCGCAGCAGAGAUAAUAAGUUUACACGGUUUACCACGGCCAUUCAAGAUUUCAUAUUGCUUGACUUUAAUAAGGGUUGGCAAAUAAAGGGAAUGCAUGUUCGCACAUUCAUAUAUAGAUGCCAAAAAGAGCUUGAUUAAUGGACGAUUACCAUAUAUAUACUUUAUGCAUUUAUAUAUAACUACUUUAAACAACAUUUAAUGUAAGACACAACAAUUUAAAAGUUUUUUAAUGAAUGAUCUUAUUUUUUAAUACAUAAAAAGCGCACCUUAAUUUUGAACAGACGCAUCAAAUCAUAAAAUGCUGAAUGAAUUCUGAAUAAACCAACUUAUGUACUCGAA